AUGCCGUCCGCCUCCAGCGCCGUCCCACCCGCCGCGGCGCCGGGAGACGAGUCCCAAUCCCAGAAGGUCCUCCUCGGCAGGUACGAGCUGGGCGGGCUCCUCGGCCGCGGGGCGUCCGCCAAGGACCUCGCGCGGCAUUACUUCCGCCAGCUCGUGUCCGCCGUCCGCUACUGCCACUCCCGCGGCGUCUACCACCGCGACAUCAAGCCGGAGAAUUUGCUGCUCGACGGCGACGGCGACCUCAAGGUCGCCGACUUCGGCCUCGGCGCCGUCGCGGACGAGAGCCUCCACCACACCCUCUGCGGCACCCCGGCCUACGUCGCGCCGGAGAUUCUCUCGAAGCAGGGGUACCACCCGGCCAAGGUCGACAUCUGGUCCUGCGGCGUGGUGCUCUUCGUCCUCGCCGCCGGCUACCUCCCCUUCAACGACGCCAGCCUCAUCAACAUGUACCGCAAGAUCUACGCCGGCCGGUUCCGGUGCCCGUACUGGUUCUCGCCGGCGCUGCGCCACCUGCUGCGCCGCAUCCUCGACCCCAACCCGGCCACGCGCAUCGACACGGACGGCAUCCUGGAGCACCCCUGGUUCCGCCACGGCGCGAGCGGCGACGGCGAGCUGGAGAAUCUGAUGCGCGGCCACGAGGAGGAGGCGUGGUUCAAGACGGAGUUCAAGGAGGACAUGGCCCGCGACAUGACCGCGUUCGACAUCCUGGCCUUCUCGCCCGGCUCGGACCUCUCCGGGCUGUUCGUCGCCGGGCCGGGCACGGAGCGGGUGUUCGUGGGCGAGCCCGCCGCGGCCGUGCUGGCCCGGGUCGAGGACGCCGGGAAGAAACAGGGCUACGGCGUGAGGAGGGAAGGGAAGGGCCGCGCCGGGCCGGUGUACGUGGAGGCUGAGGCCGGCGGCAUUGUCGCCAAGGUGACCGUGUUCCGGAUCGCCGACGCGGUGUCGGUGGUGGAGGUCGUCAAGGGCCACGGCGCGGAGGCCGCGGCGUUCUGGAGCGACUGGCUCGAGCCGGCCGUGAAGCCUCAGGCAGUGUGA